GUCUGUCCCGGCGGCCGGAAUUUCUGCAGCUCCAGAAGGGUGAUUUUUGUCAGCAGGUGAAUGAGGGAAGCAGACAAGUAUUGUGGGGGGCUGCUGGGGUUUGUUUUAUGUGGUGAUUGGUGAAGGGAUACGUAAGGCGGAGUGAGGCGGCAGCGGUACCGGGCCCGACUGGCAGCAGUAGCUGGGGCUGUGAGUGACUAGCUUACUGGAGCUGAGUCUGCGCGCGCGCGCGGAGACGCUCAGGCAUCGCGGUGAAGGGACUGGGCUGGGGGCUGAACGUGGCUCUGGUGGCGCGAUCUGGAUGAACGGACCGUGAGGGACAAUCGGAGAGGUAAGACUUCCAGUUUCAAAGAUGCCGCUUUUUGGGAAAAUUGUUGUUAUUAAAAGGAAUGGGACCGAUGGAAUCCAUUUUCCACUCACUGCAAGUUCUUGUUUAUUUGGAAGGAAAACGGAGUGUGAUAUCCGCAUACAGCUGCCUCAGGUCUCAAAAGAACAUUGUAAAAUUGAAGUCAAUGAGAACAAGGAGGCAAUCUUGAUUAAUUUAAGUACUGUAAAUCCAACGCAAUUGAAUGGUAACAGUUUUCAGCAACCUGCACAUCUGAAGCAUGGAGAUGUAUUCACUAUUGUUGAUCGUUCUUUCAGGUUUGAAUAUCCUCCUCAAUCAACUCCAAGAAAGAGACUUUCUAGAACUCCAAAAAAUGAAACCCUACAGGUUCUUCAUGUUCAGCAGGUGGCAGAAGUGGAAUUACAGAGCCCAACAUCUAAAAGUCCUCAUACGUCUGAUAAAAACAUAGAAUGUGAAAGCCAAAAUUUUGGUGAAAAUGACAAGCAAAGCACUGAGGAAGAUAUUUCCAGAGUUGUACCAGCCAAACAACAUGCAUCACCUAAAUCAACAUAUAGAACAGCUAAAUCUAACAGAAGAGAAAAUGAGAUGUCUCCUUUUAGCAAACUUUAUGAAUUGUUGAAAAAUGAGAUUGAUGUGAAAACACAGAAAGAUGGCAACGAAGAGAUACCUAUGCCACGACAAGCAGAGACUAAUGCCCAGCAAAUUUCAUUAUUGGUAUUUCCAUCUGGUCAAGAGACCCAAACCAAGGAAAAAGAGACAAUCAUUGGUGAAUAUAUUGAACAGUCUAAAGUUAAAGAACAAGAAAUAAACGAUGUGGAACUUAAUCAGAUUUCUACUGAAGGAAAUAGUUCUAAGACCAAUGAAAUAAGUUCUGCAAAUUCAGGCGAACCACAGACUGAACAAGAUCCACCAUUAGGAGUUAAAGCAACAGAAAUUGCAAAUGAAAUUCAAAAGAAAGAUGUAGUGUGCAGUAGUGUUCAUGGGAAUGAAUCAUGUAUUUUGGGAAAAAAUAAUAAAUAUUCAAAGCAAAAGAGAAAUAGUAAACAGCUUACACCAAGAAAAUCCUUAAAUGCAGAAGAAGUGCUAAAAGAAAUUCAUGAUGAGACUUACUCAGUUAGCAUAACUAAGGAGAGAGAUUCUGAAAUCGAUGGAUUUUCUCCUGGGUAUAGUAAUUCCAAAAGCCCCAAAGGGAGUAUUAGACAAAGUAAAAAAAAUUCAAAUAAAAGUCCAUUAUCAGAGUUAUUAGCUCCGGAAAGGUUAACACCGAAAGAUGAAUCUUCUGCUAGUCAUAAACAUCACUCUGGAGCACGAAGGGGAAGACGAAUGAGCUCUGGAAAAGUGGCUGAAGAAACAUUGGAGAGAGAUCCAUCUCAAGAACAUUACAAGAAUGUAGAUAUUAAAGGUAGUGAAGUUAAAGAAAAGCUGAGCACAGAGAACAACCAACAGAAAUUAGAGGUGGAAGAUGCUAAUAUUGUACUGGGACCUCACAGGUUGUCAUCAAAAAGAAGGUGCUCUGAAAGUGUUGCACUUCUGAGAGAUGAAGUUGCAUCAGAAAUAAAUAUUUCUAGCCUACCUACUGAAGAGAAAAAGUCAGGUGAGACAAAGAGGUUAUCUCAAAAGCGGAAAAUUGGAGAGCUUGAGUUGUUACAUCAGCCUUUUGGGAAAAGAAAGAGAGUGUCCUUUGGUGGUCAUCUCAGUCCUGAACUUUUUGAUAAAAGUCUACCACCCAAUUCACCACUUAGAAGAGGUGCAAUUCCAGCAAGAUUAAGCUUACCAUUUGGAAAUUCACCUCGUGCAGUUCUGAAGAAGGGACAGGGAUUCAAGCGUCUUGUAAUCAAGGAUCUUUCAGAGCAUUUGCAGAGACAAAAAUCAUCACAAAAAAACUUGCCCGCCAGGAAGUCCCCGGCUGCCUCGCCGCCCGCCAGGAGGUCCCCGGCUGCCUCGCCGCCCGCCAGGAGGUCCCCGGCUGCCUCGCCGCCCGCCAGGAGGUCCCCAGCUGCCUCGCUGCCCGUCCUUGAAAAAAUGUCACCUAAGCUCACUGCAAGCUCCCUAUCAAAUACACCAUUUACAAAAGGACGUUUCUCUAUUUCUCACAUUAGCACACCAUCUCCUACUUCAAAGGAGCAGGGUACUGCUGCAACAGAAGUUAAGGAAAGUGAUGGAGAUUUUACUGGAGUCAAGACACCUGAAUCUUUUCCUAUUAACCAGGAACAUCAGGUGUCUGUGCCAGCUACACCUAAACAAUUAAUAAGGCGUAGUAUAAGAUUUUCUGCAAAGAGAACUCCCAUGAAGAGGAGGAGCGAUGCUGUGGAAACAAUUCAUUCUAAAAGAAGAAGUGGUGCUUCUAAAGCCAAUUUGCUAGUUGCAAAAUCUUGGGCAGAAGUGGUGAAGUUCGGUGUUGCAAGACCACAAGUAAAAGCUGUUAAACAAUGUGUUCUCAAAGGAAAAUCAACCAAGAAGUUAACAAAAUCACCAAAGACUCCAGCAAGAAAAGUAAAGGGUCAUUUUAGUACAGGUCAUGCAGAUUCUCCAGCUACAAUAGUGAUAGGAAGAGCUCAUACCACCACAGUGAAGCUGGUUGGAGAGGCCCCUAGAGUGGUCAAGAAUUGUGCUUUGAAACAAAACAUGGAUAUAAAUGAAAGCUUCACAGGAAUGACUGAGAUGUUUAGAACUCCAGUAAAUGAAAAUCAAAGAAGUCCAUCUUUAUCUGCUGCUCACAAGACUGAUCUUACAUCAUCAUGUGCUGAUGUAGAAGGCUCUGAGGUACACACUCCAGAGGAGUCUGGAGAGAUGGUAAUAUCACCAUUAAGUACCUCAGGCAUGUCACAACAGAGAAAAGAUUGUCAAGAUGUUGUAUCUUGCUUCCUGAGAGUGGAGAAGUCUCCAAAUUCUGCUUUUGUGGCUGUUAAGUUAAAGCAGACUCCUAAAAAAGAGAGAACUGUACUGGAAAAGAAGGUGGAAAUGAAUAAUCCGUUAGUAAUGCCAGAAAAGCAUGCAACUGAGAUGAGAGUGGGAGCUAAAAGGCUUGUGAAGACUCCAAAGCAAAAGAUGGAACCCGUCGAGGCCCUCUCGGGCGUCAAAAGGCUCUUGAGGACUCCAAAGCAAAAGAUGGAACCCAUCGAGGCCCUCUUGGGCGUCAAAAGGCUCUUGAGGACUCCAAAGCAAAAGAGCGAACCCGUUGAGGCUCUUUCGGGCGUCAAAAGGCUCUUGAGGACUCCAAAGCAAAAGAGCGAACCCGUUGAGGCUCUCUCGGGCGUCAAAAGGCUCUUGAGGACUCCAAAGCAAAAGAGCGAACCUGUCGAGGCUCUCUUGGGCAUCAAAAGACUCUUGAGGACUCCAAAGCAAAAGAGCGAACCCGUUGAGGCUCUUUCGGGCGUCAAAAGGCUCUUGAGGACUCCAAAGCAAAAGAGCGAACCCGUUGAGGCUCUCUCAGGCAUCAAAAGGCUCUUGAGGACUCCGGAGCAGAAGAUGGAACCUCUUACAGAUGGAAUUGCCUUAAAAAGUUUAAUAAAGACUCCAGCACAAAAAAAGCAAGUUGUAAAUGAUCUGGUGGGAGUUUCUUUUAUGAAGAGAACACAAAAGCAGAAAUGCCAGCCAGUAGAAGACAUGAUAGGGAUCAGCCAUAUGAAAACAUCUAAGCACAGAAUCCAGUCAGAAGAUACGGUAGGAAUCAAAAGGCUAUUGAAGACAUCAGAUGAAAGAGUUGAACCAGUAGAAGACAUGUUUGGUAUCAGGAGGCUACUGAGGACACCAAGGAAAAAAUAUCUACCGGUUGAUGAUUUUGUGGGACUGCAAAAACUUAUGGCGGAGCCUAAACAAAAAUAUUCAAAUUCUGAACUGGAUUAUGCUGGUGUUAAAGAAAUUUUUGAUACACCAAAGGAAAUUAAGGUCGAAGUUACGGAUCUCAUGCAAGAAAAUAAUUCUCCUCAUAUUGAUCCUAAAAGUGAACAUGAAUCCAGAGGAAAUUAUGAAAGAGAACUGAAGCGAGAGAAAAAAAUGGAAGAUUCACUUGAAAAAACAUCACUCUCAUUUGUGAGAUCAAGGAAUAGAAACAUUAAAAACGAACAAGAAUUGCAAGAAAGCCUUGAACAUGCAUGUAUUUCGCCCAAGGCAUCAGAAAUUGUGAAAACUAUAGAAAAUAUUGAAAAAGAAAACAGGAGUGAUAGCUCUCAGACAGAGAGCCAUAAUUUCUCAAAUUCAGUAAUCUCUCUUUUACUUACCAAAAUGGAUCCAGUUCAGGAACCCACUAUGCAAUUGCAAAGAGAAUUAAACCAAGAUUUGAAAGAUAGUGAUGAUAAAGAACUGCUUUUUGAAAAUCCCGUUGCCCCACAAUUAAAUCUUAUCCAGGAAUCUAUCGAUUUGUCCAGUAAAGACAAAAAAUCUGCAAGGGCAAAACAGCAGAAAAUAGAAAUAAAAGAGAACCCCUUGUCACUAAGAGAAUGUGAAGAAAAUCUAAAGAAGAAUGUAAAUGUACUAGAAUUACCAGUUCUGAUGAAAGAAAGGAUUGAAGACCAGAAGGAAGAGGCUGUUGCUUUCACUUCUGUAGUUAAAAAUCUAGGAAGAAAAAAGAGAACCAAUCAGUAUAUGCAAGAAGAAUUUAUUUCAAAAAUUCAUGUUCACAAACAACUUGACAAAAAUAAGGAAGCUGUUUCCUCAGUAGAAAUAAAUGGAACUUUUCAUAGCUCCAGAAGAGGUAAAAGGAGUCUUGAGUCUCAUGAUAAAGAUUCUUUAGUGCUACAAAGAGAAACUGCAAGUAUGAAACAGAAUUUGCAGACUGUGCAUCAGUCUGUCACAAAUCAUAUUUUAAUAAUGGAAAAUGAUCAAAGUCUGAAGACAGCAAAUGUAUCUAGUAGCAGUAAAAAUGUAAGAGGGCACCCUCUGCAAACAGGGCUUAUAGCACUUGAAGAUAAGUCUGAUCAAGAUAGUGUAAAAAAUAAUGAAAAGGUGGCUCUGUCAGUUAGGAAGAGGUCUACAGGGGAGAAAAAAUUAGAAAUGCUAGAAUCAUUAGUUCCAGCUAAAAGAACCAGAAGAGGGAAAACUGAAGAUAACAAACAGGGAUUUACAGAGGAACAUGAUGCAAAAGAAACUCCCCAAAGACAGACAACAAGGAACCCUUGUAGAGCAGAAACAGAAAAAUGCAUACAAACAGAUAAAAAGGAUUUUGCCAACAGUAUCAUUGAGGCUGCUGCAGUAAAAGAAUCUGAAAUCAAUAAACCAACCCUUGAAAUUAUGGUAACAGAGAUGAAAGGAAGAAAAUCUUUGAGAGUAAAAUCAAGAAAGCAAUUAGAGGAAACAAAGAACGUAAGUACAGAGAUGGGACCUGAAAAUGUAAGAUGUGUCCAGGAAACCAAGAAAACAUCAAAAGAAACUGUAGUUAAAACACACAAAUCUAUAAAAAAUGAGACCAAAGCAUCUCAGGGAAACAAGGAAGCAGAAAGAGGUCAAAGCUUAAAGUUAAAGAAGUCACAUUUUGAAAACACAAAUGAAGCACCACUUGAUGUUCAUAGCUUGCAAGCAAACAGGAAUUCAAUACAAAAAACUAAUCAAACACAUGGAAAUAAGAGAGGUCAAAAAGGUAUAUUGGACAUUAAGGAAGGUGAAUUUGCCAAAAAUGAAAAAAUGAUGCCAGAGAAUAUAUCAGAAACUGAACCAGAGACAAUUUCUACAAAAGACUCCCUAGGAUCUCUACAGACAGUGCAAAGCUCCAAAACCAAGGAAGCCUCAAACAAUCCAACUGCUGCAAUGGUAUACGGUCCUAAAGAUGAUGAGAGAACUGUUCUUAGACGUGGAAAGAGUAUAAGGAAAGGUGAUGGCAAACAGGAAGCAUCUGAAACCAAACAAAUAGAGAUUUUAGAAAAUAAUCCUACAGAAGCAAAUGAAAAUAUACCAAGAAGGGACAGAGGGAAAAAAGUUCAUUUUGAACUUGAGGAAGCCAGUUCUGCUUCUCUCAGAGGAAAACAAAUUUUACCUGAAGGUAAUGAUAAAGACCAAAAUGAGACUUCAGAAAACAUUCCUUCUCAAGCAAAUGAAAAUCUCUCAGGAAGGGGCAGAAGGAAAGAAGUUGAUCUCUCACCACAUGCAGUUAGUUCCACUUCUCUUAGAGAAAAAUACAGCUUGCCAGAAAGUGAUGCCAAAAAAGAAGCUGCUAAAAAAGACCAUGAUGCAGCUUUGGAAUCUACUGCUUCCCCAACAAAAGAGAAUACAUCUAGAAGAGGCAGAAGGAAACAGGUUGAGCUCACAACACAGGCAGCUAGUUCCACUUCUCUCCGAGGAAAAAGCAACUUGCCAGAAAAUGAUGGUAAAGAGAAUGUUCCGAAAGAAGACCAAAAUGUGCCUUUGGAAAACAUUGCUUCCCAGGCAUCAAAAAGGGGCAGAAGGAAACAGGUUGAUCUCACAACACAGGCAGCUAGUUCCACUUCUCUCCGAGGAAAAAGCAGCUUGCCAGAAAAUGAUGGUAAAGAGAAGAGUCCUAAAGAAGACCAAAAUGUGCCUUUGGAAAAUACAACUGAGGCAAAAGCUAAUUCACCAAGAAAGGGCAGAAGAAAACAGGUUGAGCUCACAACACAGGCAGCUAGUUCCACUUCUCUCCGAGGAAAAAGCAGCUUGCCAGAGAAGGUUCCUAAAGAAGGCCAAAAUGUGCCUUUGGAAAACAUUACUUCCCAGGCAUCAAAAAGGGGCAGAAGGAAACAGGUUGAGCUCACAACACAGGCAGCUAGUUCCACUUCUCUCCGAGGAAAAAGCAGCUUGCCAGAGAAGGUUCCUAAAGAAGGCCAAAAUGUGCCUUUGGAAAACAUUACUUCCCAGGCAUCAAAAAGGGGCAGAAGAAAACAGGUUGAGCUCACAACACAGGCAGCUAGUUCCACUUCUCUCCGAGGAAAAAGCAGCUUGCCAGAGAAGGUUCCUAAAGAAGGCCAAAAUGUGCCUUUAGAAAACAUUAUUUCCCAGGCAUCAAAAAGGGGCAGAAGGAAACAAGUUGAUCUCACAUCACAGGCAGCUAGUUCCACUUCUUUCCGAGGAAAAAGCAGCUUGCCAGAAAGUGAUGGUAAGGAGAAGGUUCCUAAAGAAGACCAAAAUGUGCCUUUGGAAAAUACAACCGAGGCAAAAGCUAAUCCACCAAGAAAGGGCAGAAGGAAACAGGUUGAUCUCACAUCUCAAGCAGCUACUUCCACUUCUCUCAGGGGAAAACGCCACAUGCCCAAGGAUGAAAAGGCAGCCAAAAAAUUAAAAUCAGAAUGUGGUGAAAGUAUAACUCUGCAGAAAGAAACAAGAAACAAAACUAAAGGAGAACUUGGCAAAGGUGGUAUAAGCAUGAUUCAGAGUGCUGGAGGAACAGAAAGGAAAACAAGAACAAGAGCAAGAACAAGACAAUAACCUCCUUAAAAGUUGUAGAGCCAGUUUUGAAUUUUUUUCAGUAUUUGAUUUUGCAAUUUUUUUACGUACUUAGAUUUGAUAGAGUUGUAAAGCAUUCCGUGAAUUUAGGUAUAAUGGAGAUAUGUUUAUCUGUUUAUAUAAGUAGAAGAGAUACCUCUUUAAAUGGCAUAAUUCAGCCAAAUAUAUUUGCUUUCCAAACUGUUGUGAGCUUGUACAAAAUUACAGCAACCAAAAAACUUUGUGUGCCAACACUGAUGCCUCUUUUCAUUGAUGAUCAUUUCAGCAGUCUGGAAGUUGUAUUACUUUGCUGAAUCUGCCCAUAUGUAAUUGUACGUUCUUACCUACUUAGCUUAAUUUUGGGAUACUGGAGUUUUAUUUUUUCAUGAAAGUUCUGUAAAUAUCCUUUUAAAAAAGUCUACAGGUUUUUAUUGGCAAAACUAUUAUGUGGGAUUUCUGAUUUAACAGCUUAAAUUGACUACUGCAAAAAAUGCAAAUAGAUUUUUAUAAGAGUUAAUAAAUUUUGUAAAUGUU